AUGUCAAAUUUCACGGCAUCUCAAGAGCCUUGCGGUUUCUACGAGGGUUAUUCGCUUCAAAGAUUCAUCAUAAUCACCGCCUGUUCUACCGUAUCACUUUUUGGGUGUUUGGCGAAUUUGGUGAGUACUGUAGGGCCUACAGUAACCCCCAAAAAAUCUGGUGAAAAACGGGGCAUUUUGAAGGGUUCUAGAGAUCUUGUAACUACAGUAACCCUAGGCAUACUGUACCUCAUUUUGAAGCUCUCGAAAUUCCCCAUAAUACUACAGUACCCCCCACUCACCUACAGUACUCCUUUUCUUGCAGCUUCUCAUCGCAGUUUUCCGUCGAUCACUUCCCUCUUCAAUUUUCCUGGCUUCACUUUCCGUGUGUGAUAUGCUCAUUUGUCUGACUUAUUUGCUUCUUUUCGGAGUUGAUGCCGCUAUUGUUUAUCUGAAAAAUACGGUAUGUUCCUUUAAAUUCGCUAUAUUCUUCAGAGACCUAUAUCAAGUUACGGGAAAUUGCGAGCUGAUCAAAAUGAUACCCCGAAAGCCUGGAAAAUCUUUGAAAAUAAGCGAGAUCGCUUCGAGACCCAACAUGUUCCUUUAAAUACAUGUUUGGUCAAUUUUCAAAAGUACGGUAUGGUCCUUUAAAGUCGAAAUUUUAGCUCAUCUUGUAGAGAAUUUCAAGCUCUACAAAAUGAUACCCAAAUCUCCCUUUAAAACCCAAGAAUACGGUAGAUCGCUUCGAGACCCAUCAUGUUCCUUUAAAGAAUUUUCAUCCAAUCGCCUUGAGACCUAUAUCAUUUUGUAGGAAAUUUCACAAGCAUUCUAAAGACACCCCAACUUCCCCGAAAUCUUCAAAAAUAAGGCUAAUCGCUUCAAGACCCAUCAUGCGCCUUUAAAAAUCUCCCAUUUUCAGACGUUAUUUUUCCUCUAUCACACCUACAUUGUUCCCGUUUUUUUUAUCGCAAAAGUCGUCCAAUUCGCCAUUCCUUUUGUGCUUAUUUUAAUCACUUUCGAGAGAUAUCUUUGGACAUGUCCGGAGCACAAAAGGUACGGUACCUACAGUACUCCCGAGUUACAGUAUCCUAAAAUUUUCAGACAAAUCUUCUCACCGAUUUUCAGCGAGCGUGGAAGGAAUUCUGCCGUCUUCUUUUUGUUUUUCGUCUCUGUGGCUUUAAGGGUCCCUGUAUUAUUUGCUACAAAGGUAGGUGGGGGUACGGUAUGUUCCUUUAAGGCUUCAAAACAUAGCCUAUCGUGUAGAGAAUUUAACAAGGAUUCGAAUGAUACCCCAGAAGCCUGGAAAAUCUUGAAAAAUACGGUAGAUCGUUGCGAGACCCAUCAUGUUCCUUUAAAGAAAUUUUGUCCAAUCGUGUCGAGACCUAUCUCAUUUUGUAGGGAAUUUUACGCUGAUCAAGAAGAUACCCUAACUUGCCUAAUAAUCUCAAAAAUAAAGCGAAAUCGCUGCGAGACCCGUCAUGUUCCUUUAAAUUCCAGGUCGAAAAAUUCGAAAACUGUCCCGACUAUUUUCGCAGCGAAUCUGUCGCUCCCACAGAAUGGGCAGCCAAUUCAGAAGGUAGGUCAAAAAAUUUUCAAAUUUCCCGCCAAAAAUAAUUUUUGGCGCGAAAUUCAAAUUUUUUUCCAGCCUACUACAUUUUCGAUUUCCAUGUCAUCACUGCAAUUCAAAUGUUUUUUCCGUUUUUCGUGUUGCUCAUAUUAAACUUUACGAUUAUUCAGAGAAUGAUUGCGGAAAAACGAGAAAAUGUGAGUGGGCAUAGAAAAGUGGGCGUGGCUUAGCUAGGCCACGCCCACAAAACCGUGCGGCACUGAAAAAUCUUCGAAACCUAGGCUUGUGGGGUGUCUAACUGAUGGGAAUAGCCCAGAGAGCAGAAAUAUAACAUUUUCAGAAUCUCAAAAAUUAGGCCACGCCCACAAAACCGUGCGGCAGGGGAUUUUUUGCGAAAAUUAUGGAAAUAUAGGCUUGUGGGGUGUCUAACUGACGGGAAUAGCCUGGAGAGUAGAAAUAUGAGAUUUUCGAAACUUGAAAAAUUAAGCCACGCCCACAAAACCGUGCGGCAGGGGAUUUUUUGCAAAAUUGAAGGAAUUAUAGGCUUGUGGGGUGUCUAACUGAUGGGAAUAGCUUGUAGAGCAAAAAUAUGAGAUUUUCAGAAUUUGAAAAUCUAAGCCACGCCCACAAAACCGUGCCGCAGGCUGUUUUUUGCAAAAAUUAUGGAAUUAUAGGCUUGUGAGGUGUCAAACUGACGGGAAUCACCUGUAGAUCGCGAAUCUGACAUUUUCCAGAUGUACCCACUUCUACCCGGUCAACAUCCACCAACCGAUGCCAAAAAAGUCUCCUUUGUCCAAAGUAAUCUUCCCGAAAACUAUGUGCUUCUUCAAGUCGCCGCUGACGUCAUCAAAGAAUCCCUACUUCACAAGUUAGUCUAACUUUUCUCGUUUUUCUAGGAAAAAAUCCAUUUUUAGUGAGCCUAAAGAAAUUCCGGAAGAAAUUCCGGUUAACAUGAGCAAUAAUAGUAAAAAGUGGGCGGAGCCUGGAAGGGGCCGCCCAUCAAUUUUUCACGCCUUCAUUUUGGCGUUCAAUGAGUGAGUUUUGACCGCAGAAACCACUUCUAACACUAUCUUUUACCCCUUAGAGUACUUCUUCUAAGCUCCGCCCACAAAACCGUGCGGCACGGGAAAAGUGGGCGGAGCCUAAAAAUCAUGGAAUAUAGAUGCUGGGAUUGUCUUAGUGAUGAAAAAUGACGAAUUUUGACACCCAACAUGAUAUGGUUUGGAGGAAAAAUUAGGCUCCGCCCACAAAACCAUGCGGCAUGCAAAAGUGGGCGGGGCUUAAAUAUUUUCUCAAAAUCCUAGCAUAUUGGGUGUCAAAAUUCAUCAUUUUCUAUAACGAAGCUAGUUCCAACCUUCUAAUGCAGCUAUAUACUAAGCUCCGCCCACAAAACCGUGCCGCAUGGUUUUGUGGGCGGAGCUUAAAUAUUUUCUUCAAAAUUCAUAAAACCCUAUAGUGUGGGGUGUCUUUCGAAGGCAAAUUUCAAAAAGAAUUCGAAAAAUCCCUUUAAGCCACGCCCACAAAACCGUGCCGCAUGCAAAAGUGGGCGGAGCCAAUGAUUUUUCACAAACUACUUCAGAAAUAUAUCAUGUUUGGUGUCUUUCGACGCCAAAUUUCAUGGAGAUCUCAAAAAAAUCAAUAUUUUUAAGCUCCGCCCAUUUUGCGGCAUGCAAAAGUGGGCGGAGCCUAUUCGGAUUUCUCAAAAUUGUCAGAAAUCUAUGAUGUUUGGUAUCAUUCUGCUCAGAAUUCCACGUAGAUUUCGAAAUUUCAGAUCUUCUCGCUCAAAACGCAAUCAACUUCGCAACGCGAUCUACACAAUGAUCGCAAUUGUCAGCAGUUAUCUGAUUUGUAACGGGGUGCAUUUGUUUUUGACAAUUUUGGAGCGAUUUGAUCCGAGCUAUUUGUAUGAGUCAGAUGAUCGUGCACAAUCGAGCACUUUUUAUAUUAGUGAGUUAUUUAAAGGGAGCUACAGUAGUCCGGGUUACUGUAGAGCUUCUAUAGAUAGAUCUAUAAACUCACCUUGUUAGGUUAAAGGGAGGUACAGUAUACCUACAGUAAUCUAGAAUUUCAAAGAAAAAUCCCAUGUUCCUUUAAUUACAGUACUCUCGGAUACGGUAUCAAUAUGCUACAUGAUUUCAUCGGCAAUUCGAAUUUUGAUCUACACAAAAUGCAACAGUAAACUACGCAAAGAAAUUAUGGAGUACUGUAGGGGAAGAAGCCGUGGAGCUGCGAAAAUUGAGAUAAAUCAGAAUUCUUGA